AUGCUAAACUGCUUUGUAUAUCUCUCUAUAUAUACACUUACCAUCUGUACCAGCAAAAGGCCACACAGAGAAAGAGCAAUGGAGCAUGCUAAGUCUAACACCGAUGGCCACCAAAACGUCUUCGUGAUGCGUCACGGUGAUCGAAUGGAUGAUUUCGAGCCACUCUGGAUUUCAACCGCCGAGAGACCGUGGAAUCCGCCGCUCGUUCACGACGGUAAGGUUCGAGCCUUUCAAACCGGUCAAAGGAUCCGAUCACGGAUCACGUUUCCGAUUCACCGUGUCUUCGUAUCCCCUUUCCUCCGCUGCAUUCAAACGGCUUCCGAAGUUAUCGCCGCUCUCUCCACUGUGGAUGUCGAUCCUAAAGCCUUCUCCAUCCCUUCGACGAUCAAGGUAGCUAUUGAAUAUGGCUUGUGCGAGGUACUGAACACAGUGGCUAUUAAGAGUGAGGUUGCUCCCAAAGAUGGAAAUUUGGAUUUCAAGUUUUCAGAUCUUGAAUCCAUGUUUCCUGAGGGAACCGUGGAUCAUAACGUGGAUAUGGUUUAUAAAGAGUUACCACAAUGGGGAGAAACUGUGGAUGGCUUCAAGUAUCGAUAUGUUCAUACGUUGAAGGCUCUUGCAGACAAGUAUCCAUCUGAGAACUUGCUCUUAGUCACCCAUUGGGGAGGAGUAAGUGCUACACUUUACAAGUACUUCAAAGACGAAACUAAGUACUUAGUGGAUUACUGUGGCUGUGUUGACUUGAGAAGGCAGAUUUCGAAUAAAGAUGGGAUUAGUGAAACUGUGGAAUUUGAGGUGGUAACAAGUCAUGGAGUCUCUUACAAGGACCACAAAGUCCCAAUCCACGGUCCUGUUAUAACCCCAUCUCCGAUUUAGCUCGUUUUUGUUCGUUACGUUAUGGCCACAAAGAAUUAUCAUUUGGACAACAUUAUUAGCUUUUUAUUUAUCUAUAACUAAUAAAAGACCAUGGCAUUGUUUCGUCGUCCCCAAUUACUCAUCACCACCAUUUGUUUAAUAUCAUCCAACUAUCUUCAUAUAUCUGCAU